CAGUCGGAACCCGUGCAGAGCGCUGGCGUGGAGCUGGAGCAAGCGCAGCCUCUUUCUUGCAACCUCGUCCCCGCCGCCCGCAGCCUCCUCCCCGCCGCCGCCUCUGCCGCCGCCGCCGCCGCCCCCGGGGCAUGGCCUGUCUGAUGGCCGCUUUCUCGGUCGGCACCGCCAUGAAUGCCAGCAGCUACUCUGCUGCGAUGACGGAGCCCAAGUCCGUGUGCGUGUCGGUGGAUGAGGUCGUGUCCAGCAACGUGGAUGAGGUUGAGACAGACCUGCUGAACGGGCAUCUGAAGAAGGUGGACAACAACUUCACAGAGGCCCAACGCUUCUCCUCCUUGCCUCGGAGGGCAGCUGUGAACAUUGAAUUCAAGGACCUUUCCUACUCCGUUCCCGAGGGACCCUGGUGGAGGAAGAAAGGAUACAAGACCCUUUUGAAAGGGAUCUCUGGGAAAUUCAACAGUGGAGAGCUGGUGGCCAUCAUGGGUCCUUCUGGAGCUGGGAAGUCCACGCUCAUGAACAUUCUGGCGGGAUACAGGGAGACAGGCAUGAAGGGGGCAGUCCUCAUCAAUGGCAUGCCCCGGGACUUGCGCUGCUUCCGGAAGGUCUCUUGCUACAUCAUGCAGGAUGACAUGCUGCUGCCUCACCUCACUGUUCAGGAGGCCAUGAUGGUGUCUGCACAUCUGAAGCUGCAGGAGAAGGAUGAAGGCAGACGGGAGAUGGUCAAGGAGAUCCUGACGGCAUUGGGCUUGCUGCCCUGUGCCAAUACACGGACAGGGAGCCUCUCGGGGGGCCAGCGGAAGAGGCUGGCCAUUGCACUGGAGCUGGUCAAUAACCCUCCUGUCAUGUUCUUUGAUGAGCCCACCAGUGGCCUGGACAGCGCCUCCUGCUUCCAGGUGGUGUCCCUGAUGAAAGGGCUGGCCCAGGGCGGCCGGUCCAUCGUCUGCACCAUCCACCAGCCCAGCGCCAAGCUCUUUGAACUCUUUGACCAACUCUAUGUCCUGAGUCAAGGACAGUGCGUAUACCGGGGGAAGGUCUCGAAUCUCGUGCCGUAUUUGAGGGAUUUGGGUCUGAACUGCCCUACCUACCACAACCCUGCAGACUUUGUCAUGGAAGUGGCAUCAGGCGAGUAUGGUGAUCAGAACAGCCGCCUGGUGAGAGCCGUGCGGGAGGGCAUGUGUGACUCUGACUAUAAGAGGGAUCUUGGGGGCGACACAGACGUGAACCCAUUUCUUUGGCACCGGCCUGCUGAGGAGGACUCUACCUCCAUGGAAGGCUGCCACAGCUUCUCGGCCAGCUGCCUCACCCAGUUCUGCAUCCUCUUCAAGAGGACCUUCCUCAGCAUCAUGCGGGACUCGGUCCUGACACACCUGCGAAUCACCUCACACAUCGGGAUCGGCCUGCUCAUUGGCCUGCUGUACCUGGGGAUCGGGAACGAAGCCAAGAAGGUCCUGAGCAACUCCGGCUUCCUCUUCUUCUCUAUGCUCUUCCUCAUGUUUGCAGCUCUCAUGCCCACGGUCCUGACCUUUCCUCUGGAGAUGAGUGUCUUCCUCCGAGAGCACCUGAAUUACUGGUACAGCCUGAAGGCCUACUACCUGGCCAAGACCAUGGCCGACGUCCCCUUCCAGAUCAUGUUUCCCGUGGCCUACUGCAGCAUCGUGUACUGGAUGACAUCACAGCCGUCAGACGCCGUUCGAUUUGUGCUGUUCGCUGCCCUUGGCACCAUGACCUCACUGGUGGCCCAGUCCUUAGGCCUGCUGAUUGGAGCUGCCUCCACAUCUCUGCAGGUCGCAACGUUCGUGGGUCCUGUGACGGCCAUCCCCGUCUUGCUCUUCUCGGGAUUCUUCGUCAGUUUUGACACGAUCCCAGCCUACCUACAGUGGAUGUCCUAUAUCUCCUAUGUCAGGUAUGGCUUCGAGGGAGUCAUCCUCUCCAUCUAUGGCUUGGACCGGGAGGAUCUGCACUGUGACAUUGCCGAGACAUGCCACUUCCAGAAGUCAGAGGCCAUCCUGCGGGAACUGGAUGUGGAGAAUGCCAAACUGUACCUGGACUUCAUUGUCUUGGGCAUCUUCUUCGUCUCCCUGCGGCUCAUUGCCUAUUUUGUCCUGAGAUACAAAAUCCGGGCCGAGAGGUAAAACACCCGCAGGCCAGCAAGGAGGCAAAGCAGACAUUGUGCCCAAGGGCACUGCUGGGAGGCAGCGGUGUGCCUGCUCCUGGUGACACAGACUCUCCCAACCCAACCUGGAGGCCACGCAGGUCGCAGGUCGAUGGUGACCAGUGUUCAGCACCUCUGCCCGCCGGGUUGGAACUGUUCUUUUCCUUUUCUAGCUUUAACUAGGAAGAUGUAGGACGGUUGGGGUUUUUUACAUGCAGGAUUUAAAAUACAGCUGGCACAGAAUGUCAUCCUGCGAUCCAGCUGGGGACAGGAGGCUUCCUCAGUAGACUGCUCCUGGAGUCCAGGACACAUUGGCCCUGGAUGAGGAGUGUUGGCCAUGUUGGUCCCCGGAGAGGUGGAUAUCUUGGGGGGAAAAGUCCACACAUGGCGGGACUCCGCUUGAUGACUGUCAUUUCUUAUGGUCUCAUCUUUCUAAAAUUCGUCUCUGAUGAGCUCAAGUUCAUUUCUGAUGAAGUCACUUUCCGAGCCAAAGUCGAUAAAUUUCACUCAUUUUGAGAGAUUGUAUCUUUCCAGUACUUCUUGAGAACUGAUUCAGGGUGUGAAAGGUGUGUUUUGCUUAGAAAUAGAAGAGUCCCGUAUAGUCACCUAGUGGGGCUCACAGACACAUCACGGAAGGUCAGACGUGAGCUCCAGGCGAGGGAGAGCACCACACCAGCUGCGCUGGGCCAGCAGGGACUAAGUGAUGCCACCAGGGCUGAGGGAGAUGUUGGCAGGCCCUUUCUGGACCUUCCUUCUUCAUGUGCUUCUAUUUUAAGCAAAAUAGAUGAUUUCUUCCUAGUUUUCUGGCCACUUUCAUUUUGCCCAAGAAAUACAUAGAUUAACUUGGUCAGUUUUUAAAGAGCAUUUUCCCCCUUUCUUCAUGAAUCACAUUAACUACCUCCAUUGAGCCUGGGAAGCCGGCCUGGGGACACAUUGAGUGUGUCCCUUGAAAUAAGAGGUGGGGGGGCAGUGGGGCAUUGGGGAGGGGCAGGCCGGCUAAUAGGAAGGGGAGGUGCCAUGGAUGUCCCCUUUAGGAAAACGCAGCUGCUUGCUUCUGGAGCACUGCCGCCCUGAGAUGGAGUCUCCUGUGAAAGCCUGUAUGUUUGUAUGGGUAGGCCCAUUUACCCCUGUGAGCCCCGGUUUCCACACCAGUAAGUAAUUGCACUAGAUCAUGUUCUGACAGGUCCUGAGAUUCCUCGGCCGUGGCCUUGAAGCUUUCAUAUCUUACUUGUAGAGAACGAUAAGGGUCCGAAUUUUACUUAACGCAUGGAUGUGCUUUGAAAAUAUUUAGAGAUUCUUUUUAUUUUUUCACCCCUAGAUCUUUUAUAGAGAACACAAUUGAAAUGCAUAUUACAAUGUAAUUUUUCAGUUUGCUUGUUCUAUACAAAUAUGGCAUUGCCUUCUAGAUUCAGCUUUUAACCAGGGACACAAUUCGCCUUUAUAAAAAGACUUCAUUAAAAAAAAAAAAAGUGUUCAUUUAAUUUCAA